AUGGCCGAGAAGACCGACUUGCAGCGGGUCUUGCCCACGGGUAACAGUCGCUAUCAUCUCAUCACUGAAGUCAACAUGAAAAACUCGCCGCUUCUCUGUCUCCCAGCGGAGCUGCCCACUAUGAUAUACGAAUAUGCACUGGAGGGCACUAUCAUCGAUGUGAGAUAUAAACACCAUGCACCGCUCAUUCUCAGUUGCCGCCAAAUCCAACACGAGGCACCACCACUCGAGUUCUCUCGUGUAACUUUCUUCUACUUCGACAUAAUCAGUCUACUCGACCCUCGCGUGGCGCCCGGCCAGGAUACGCGCAACAUGAUUACGUCAAUCUCUGUCACCUUUAGUAUCAUGCAUUAUCUGGUCUCAGGCUCUCGCCGACCACAUGGAUCGCACGAGUACGACAAAUACUGA